GUAACCUUCCUUUGGUGCAGUGUCACUAAGCCAUCUUCUUUCCAACUUUCAGGAAUGACGGACAUGUCUGUACUUGCAAUCCAGUUUAUAGGGUUGACCAUCUCUUUCGUGCAACUAGGUAUUGCUGCUGCCCAGGGCUUCCGUUAUUAUCGAGCCUUCCCUCGUGACAUACGAAUGCUAAAAUAUCUGGUAGUCACUGUCAUGAUUCUAAAUGUCACCGGGACAUUAUUGACCAGUUUCAUGUACUGGUCGUUCUUUGUCAAUUGUUUUCGAAGUACAUCCCCGAGAUGUCAGGCAUGGGAUACGGCGGCAAUGAUCCUUCUCUUUGUGUCUAUGACCCUGCCAUUCGUGGUGCAAAGUUUUUAUUGUCAUCGUGUAUGGAUAAUCAGUGGCAAAAACAUCUACGUCGCCAUACCGAUAAUUUUAUUUGCAGUUUCAUCUUAUGUGCUCGGUUUGAUACUUAUUCCGCCGCAGAAGGCUGGGGCUUUCUCGGGCGACGCAAUACUCAAAAUCUCAGCCGUAGGAGCAUUUCAGAGCGUUUUGUGCGAUUCCACGAUCAGUCUUUCAGUCUACUUUUAUCUACGUCCUGCAAGAGCUGGUGUCCACCGUACCGACACCCGUAUCCAGAACAUAACUAAGAAAUUCACCAGCAUGGGCUUUCUUGUGUGCUUGUUGGCUAUCAGCAUAUUCAUCUUGUACUGGGUAAAUGGGUUUGCUGCCAUCGGAGGUGUAGCCAUGGUUCUCAGAAGUUCAUAUGCCAAUUCGUUACUAUCUACACUCAACGCCAGGGAGCUACCUAGUAGGCCUCAACCGAUGGAUAUCGAACUUCCAACGAUUUCAGUACAUAAUUCGAGAUAAAGUGGUUACCCUGCACGCAUUGAGUUCCAGAAGCUGAAUCCAAACACUAAAUGAUCAUAUCC